AUGACUUUCGCAAUCAAUUCAACUAUCAAGGGUAAAACUGCCCUUAUUACGGGAGGAACUAAAAAUUUGGGUGGAGAAACUGCUAAAGAUUUAGCAGCUCAUGGUGUCAACUUAUUUUUACAUUACAGAAGUGAUGCAUCUCAAGCAGCUAAAUUCAAGGAAGAUUUACAAAAACAGUAUCCUGAUGUUAAGAUUGAAAUUUAUCAAGGAGCCCUAGACAAAGCUGACGAUGUGACUAAAUUAUUCGAUGCAGCAUUAACCAAAUUUGAAAAAGGUAUCGAUUUUGCUAUUAAUAAUGUUGGAAAAGUUUUAAAGAAACCAUUGAUUGAAGUUACUGAAGCUGAAUUUGAUGAAUUAGAUUUAGUUAAUAAUAAAGUUGCCUUUUUCUUUUUAAAGGAAGCUGGGAAGAAAGUUAAUGAUAAUGGUAGAAUUGUUUCCUUAGUUACUUCAUUAUUGGCAGCCUAUACUCCAUUCUAUUCUGGUUAUCAAGGUACUAAAUCACCAGUUGAAUGGUAUUCCAAGGCACUUUCCAAAGAAAUUUAUGAUAGAGGUAUUUCAGUUAAUAACGUUGCUCCAGGUCCAAUGGAUACACCAUUUUUGUAUGGACAAGAAACACCAGAAUCAAUUGCUUAUUAUAAGACUGUUGGUUUAGGACAAAGAUUGACAGAAACCAGUGAUAUUGUUCCAAUUAUCAGAUUCUUAGUUAGUGAAGGUGCUUGGGUUACUGGUCAAACUAUUUUUGCUUCUGGUGGGUUUACAGCUCAUUAA